AUGUAUUUAGUGGCUCCAGAAUUCCUGAUACCACUAGCUGAUGUGACGUGUGCAUUUGGGGAGACGGUGGUCUUGUGCUGUAAAGUGUGUGGACGUCCCAAACCCAACAUCACUCUGAAAGGACCUGAUCAGAGCCCGGUUGUCAACAACAGUCGGUUCACUAUCAACAUUAGGUACAUGGACUAUAAGGUUUCUAGUUAGAAGUUCUAGAUCAGAUCUCCAACCCUGUUCCUGGAGAGCAAACCUCCUGUACAGCCUGGUCUCAUAGACUAGACGUAACAUAGUAAACAUAAAUCCGGGAUAUUUAAAUUAGUAUGAUACUGUAUGUUACGUUUGGUAUGGUUACAUGAGACGAGGUUACUUAAGGGAAAAACUAAAAGAGGGUGGUUGGUCGGGGGUAUAACGCAAAUGUCCAGCAACCCAAAGGUUGCGCGUUCAAAACUCAUCAUGGACAACUUUAGCAUUUUAGCUAAUUAGCAACUUUGUAACUACUUGCUACUUUGCAAAUACUUAGCAUGUUAGCUAACCCUUCCCCAACCCUAACUUAACCAUUUAACCUAACUCCUAACCAUAACCCUUUAACCUAACCUUAACCCCUAACCCCUAGACUAGCUAAUGUUAGCUACCUAGCUAACAUUAGCAUUAGCGGCUUAGCUAAUGGUAGCCACUACAAAUUGGAAUUCGUAACAUAUCAUACGUAUUGCAAUUUCUUAACAUAUUGUAGGAAAUGGAUGAUGGACUUCCACAAAUGAAUAUACAGUUCCUUCAGAAAGUAUUCACACUCCUUUACUUUUUCCACAUUUUGUUGUGCUACAGCCUGAAUUUAAAAAUUAUUAAAUUGAGAUUAUUUGGUCACUGGCCUACACACAAUACCCCAUAAUGUCAAAAGGGGAAUUAUGUUUUUUGACAUUUUUACAAACUAAUUAAAAAUGAAAAGCUGAAAUGUCUUGAAUCAAUAAGUAUUCAAUCCCUUUGCUAUGGCAAGCCUAAAUAAAUUCAGGAGUAAAAAUGUGCUUAAGUCACAUAAUAAGUUGUAUGGACUCCUUCUGUGUGCAGUAAUGGCGUUUAACAUGAUUUUGGAAUGACUACCUCAUGUCUGUACAAUUAUCUGUAAGGUCCCUCAGUUGAGCAGUGAAUUUCAAACACAGAUUUAACCACAAAGACCAGGGAGGUAUUCCAAUGCCUCACAAAGAAGGACACCUAUUGGUAGAUGGUAGACUUUUUCCACGUUUUGUUACAGCCUUAUUCUAAAAUGGAUAAAAUAAAUAAUAAAUCAUCAUCAAUCUACACGCAAUACCCCAUAAUGACAAAGCGAAAACAGGUAAAAAAAUAUUUUUAAAAAAACAACAUAUAUAUAUAUAUAUAUAUAUAUAUAUAUAUAUAUAUAUAUUUACACACAUUAUUUACAUAAGUAUUCAGACCCUUUGCUAUGAGACUCGAAAUUGUGCUCAGGUGCAUCCUGUUUCCAUUGACCAUCCUUGAGAUGUUUCUACAAGUUGAUUGGAGUCCACCUUUGGUAAAUUCAAUUGAUUGGACAUGAUUUGGAAAGGCACACACCUGUCUAUAUAAGGUCCCACAGUUGACAGUGCAUGUCAGAGCAAAAACCAAGCCAUGAGGUCAAAGAAAUUGCCCCGUAGAGCUCCGAGACAGGAUUGUGUCGAGGCACAGAUCUGGGGAAGGGUACCAAAAACAUUCUGCAGCAUUGAAGGUGGCCUCCAUCAUUCUUAAAUGGAAGAAGUUUGGAACCACCAAGACUCUUCCUAGAGCUGGCCGCCCGGCCAAACUGAGAAAUUGGGGGAGAAGGGCCUUGGACAGGGAGGUGACCAAGAACCCGAUGGUUACUCUGACAGAGUUCCUCUGUGGAGAUGGUAGAACCGCUAAGGACUAGGGAGUAUUUCAAGAUAAUAAAGAAACGGUAUGGAGCUAAGCACAGGCAAAAUCCUAGAGGAAAAUCGGGUUCAGUCUGCUUUCUACCAGGCACUGGGAGAUUAAUUCACAUUUCAGCAGGACAACAACCUUAAAAAAGGCCAAAUCUACACUGGAGUUGCUUACCAAGGACAGUGAAUGUUCCUGAGUGGCCGACUUACAGUUUUGACUUAAAUCUACAUGAAAAUCUAUAGCAAGACCUGAAAAUGGUUGUCUAGCAAUGAUCAACAACCAAUAUGACAGAGCUUGAAUAAUUUUGAAAAGAAUAAUGGGCAAAUGUUGCACUAUCCAUGAGUGGAAAGCUUUUAGAGACUUACCCAGAAAGACUCACAGCUGCAGUCGUUGCCAAAGGUGCUUCUACAAAGUAUUGACUCAGGGGUGUGAAUACUUAUGUAAAUUAGAUAUUUAUGUUUUUCAUUUUCAAUAAAUUAGCAAACAUUUCUAAAAAUAUUCUCACUUUGUCAUUAUGGGGUAUUGUGUGUAGAUGGUUGAGAGAGAAAUCUAUUUAAUCCAUUUUAAAUUCAGACAGUAACAGAACAAAAUGUGGAAUAAGUCAAGGGUUAAAUACUUUUUGAAGGCACUGUAUACCAUGCGAAAUAUAACAUAUCGUACUAAAUGCAGUGUCUCAGAUUUACGUACAGAAUCUUACGAAAUGCUCUGAGACCAGGUUGUCCUCUAGGUUUUCACUCCAACCCUAAUCUAUGGCACCGGAUUCUAAUAAUUAGCUGGCUGAUAAACUGAGAGGUUAGUUGGAGCGAAACCCUACAGGAGGAUAGCUCUCCUUAUUUUUUUAUUUUUUUAUUUUUACAAUUCGCGAUUGUUUAUACCAAUCUAAAACUAUGCAGAAAUCUGCAAUUCCUUAGGCUAGAAACAAGCAGUAAAAUCCCAGAGGAAGUUGCGACUGAUGCACAAGAAUGGUUUGUCUCUAUGACAUUCAGAAGCUGAGCUACGACCAUCUAAAGUCGAGGAGUCAUAGAAAUUGGACUUUGCUUGGAAAGAGAUCUUAUACAAUGUGUGACUGUCACUAUCAAUUGAUCAAAUCACUUUCUGUAAAAGAGAAUAUGUAUAAUUAAAUUGAGGGUUCAUAUAAAUUAUCAUAAUAUAACAUAUUUGGUAGCGGAAUAACAUUUGGGGAAAUCGGGUCUAGACUUUAUUUUCCUUAUCCAUUAUUAUUAUUAUUAUUAUUAUUAUUAUUAUUAUUAUUAUUAUUAUCAUCAUCAUUAAAUAGCCUAUCUAAAAGAUGCCAUGAGUCUUGUUAAACUAUGUAAAAUUGCAGGAAAGGAGCUUCAACACAACAACAUUUUCAUAGGCCCUCCAGCUUGAUAUUUUUCAAAUGUGAAAAAGGGGGCCGUGGGGAAAAAAGGUUUGGAACCUCUGGUCUAGAUGAUCACAGGAAUUUAGCGACAUCCAGUGGAGCCUGAUGGAGGAAGGAUGGCUCAUAGUAAUGGCUAAAAUAAAAUAAGUGGAAUGUGUCCAACUUGUGUAAACCAUAUGUUUCAUACUGUUCCAUUCAUUCCAUUCCAGCUAGUACUAUGAGCCUGUCCUCCGAUUUUUUUGUCCACUGGCCACCAAUGUUGGUAUCCAAUUUCUAAUUUAACUUGUGAUGAAUGAAUGGAAGUGCAUAGCCAAAUGUUGCAGAAUGGAGGUUACUAAUGUUGCCUCAAAACUUAUAAGAGCAGGAAGUGAGAUGAAAGAAACAUCUCUGGUACCCUACUAUGUAGGGAAAAGUUCCACUCUAUUGUCUGAGAUAAUUGCUUAAAGGUAAGGCCUAAUCCCAUUGUAAAUCCAUUGAGUAGACUAAACAUGUUGUUGGGGGACUAACAUGAAUUUAGAUGGAGCUCAGUAAAAGAAGCAAUCAGCUAAAGCAUAUACCAACGUUCUGUCCCAAAUGGCACCCAAUUCCCUAUAUUGUGCACUACUUUUGACCAGGACUCAUAGGGCUACGGUCAAAAGUAGUACACUAUGUAAGGAAUAGAGUGCCAUUUGGGAUGUAACUCAAAUGUAACAAAGGUCAAGCUCUAUUUUCAGCAACCAAUCAAACCUGGCCUCUUCUUCUCUGUCCUUGUUUCCAGGGAUACGGGUGACAUUCUGCUGAAGAUCUGUAACCUGAUGCCCCAGGACACUGGCAUCUACACCUGUGUGGCUGUCAACGACCAUGGCACUGCCUCCUCCUCCGCCUCUAUCAAAGUACAAGGUAAGAGGAAGGGAAGAGAGGGGGGUUAUGGAUGAUGGAUGGAGGGAGGAAUGAGGUAGGAGGUGAGGUUCUCUAUGGCCAUGGAGACUACUGAUGUUGGGCUGAUGUCUGUUUUCAGGUAUACCAACAGCACCUGCGAGGCCCGUGGCCCAGGAGGCCAGUAGCAAUGCAGUGAUCGUCCACUGGCUCCCCCCUGCCAGCUCAGCUAGCUGUGCCGUGUCCAGCUACACAGUAGAGUACAGGCAGGAAGGUACAGUAGGCCCAUCUCUUCUGGCUCUGGGGUGAAGUUGCUCCUAGGUACAGAUCUAGGAUCAGUCUCCCCUCCCCAAUUCUAACCUUAACCAUUAGUAGGGGAAAUGCAAAACUGACCCAAGAUCACCAUCUAGGCCCAACUUCACCUACAAUUCACAAGCUACAGACAGUCACCUGAAAUCUUUGAACUACGACUUGUUGACCUAACCUCUUCGUUCUCUUCCCUGCAGACUCCCUAGUGUGGCAGCAGUCAGUGGUCUCUACGGUAGAUGUGUGUGUUAAGAUUGAAGAUCUCAUUCCUGGGGGGCACUACCAGUUCCGGGUCAAUGCCAGUAACCCCUGGGGGGUCAGUCCGCCCAGCGAGCCCUCCAACAUGGUGACCCUGCCCAGCGGGAGUGAGUCAAACCCUCCACCUUCACACUACAAGCAGGGAGGGAGUUACGCAAAUACCUAGACUAUACAUACGUCCUAAAUGGCACCCUAUUCCCUAUAUAGUGCAAUACUUUUGACCAGGGCACAGGUGCCUGCUCCUAGAAUGCAUACUAAAUGGCACCCUAUUCCCUAUACAGUGCACUGCUUUUGACCAGAGCCCUAUGGUGAAAUGUAGGGCACCAUGAAGGGAAUAGGGUGCCAUGAAUAGGGUGCCCAUGAAGGGAAUAGGGCGCAGUGGUCUAAGGCACUGCAUCGCAGUGCUAACUGUGCCACUAGAGAUCCUGGUUCGAAUCCAGGCUCUGUCGCAGCCGGCCGCGACCGGGAGACUCAUGGGCGGCGCACAAUUGGCCCAGCGUCGUCCAGGGUAGGGGAGGGAAUGGCCGGCAGGGAUGUAGCUCAGUUGAUAGAGCAUGGCGUUUGCAACGCCAGGGUUGUGGGUUUGAUUCCCACGGGGGGGCAGUAUAAAAAAAUAUAUAUAUGUAUUCACUAACUGUAAGUCGCUCUGGAUAAGAGCGUCUGCUAAAUGACUAAAAUGUAUGUAAAUGUAAUUUUGGAAGCAGUGUCUCACGAUUGGUAUUUCAGCCUCAUUACGAAAACCAGUCAUGGCAGAUCGAGAGGUCCUUGAGGAAACGUUACUGUAUGAAUGUAGCUACAGUGUAAAUAUUGACUAAUAAAUAUUCAAUUUGUUUUCUCUCUAUUCUAAGCUUCCACAAAUGAUGGAAUGGGCAUUCAGUGGAAAGACAACUUUGAAUCGAGUUUCACAGAAAUGUGUGAGAUCGGACGGUAAAGUGCACACCUCCACUGUUUUGAAGCAGCCUACCAUAAUAAUUUGUUGUAUUUUAUUGGGAUUUUUCAUACAAAAGUUAUACAAAUUCUCAUAACAAAGGCUCAUGGCAGCAGUUUGAUAGGUACAACAAUGACAUUUUACAACUACUCUCCUACUCCUCUCCCUUCUCCAGGGGCCGAUUCUCUGUAGUGAGAAAGUGUCUGAACAAGGCCAGUAAGAAGGAGGUGGCUGUGAAGUACGUCACUAAGAAGAUGCAAAGGAAGGAGCAAGUGGCCCACGAGGCAGACAUCUUGAGCCACGUCCAGCAUCCUCAGCUGGUGGCUCUGACUGACACCUAUGAGUCCCCCACCUCCCUCAUGUUGGUCUUCGAGCUGUAAGGAACUUUCUGCUGUGGACUUCAGCUGUUUCUCAAUUAAUCUUUCCUUGAUUUCUUGCAUCCUCUCUCCUCGCCUCCUUCUCAAAAUGCAUUGGAGAAGAAGGUCCGGGUGGAGGGACUUUGGACCUUAUCCUCCAUUACGAUUGAGGAGGCGGCAAGGAGAGAGGAAUCGAGAAAAUAUUAAUUGAGAAAGAGGGAUGGAUUAUUGUAUAGCCUGGUGGUUCAGUCUGUUUUUGCUUUUAGCCAAUUCCUCACUGUGUUGCUAACUGCCAAGCCUAACAUGUGAAGCUUAUGGCAUGACAAUCAUAGAAGAGUUGAACCCAGUAAAGGACCCAGGCUAGGGAUUAUAGUUUACACUUGGCUUUGUUAGUGUAAAUUAACUUAGUCAUUGAUUGCAUCCUAAAUGGCACCCUAUUCCCUACAUAGUGCACUGAUUUUGACCACAGACCUAUGUAGUAGUGCAUAAUACAGGGAAUAGGGUGCCAUUUGGGACGCACAAUAGUGUCAUAGUGUGGUCUGAAUAAAUGUUUGUCUCGUGUUGUUUCCAGGCUGGAGGGUGGGAGGCUGCUGGACUACCUGGUGGCCCAUGAUGAGCUGAUGGAGGAGAAGGUGGCCUUCUUUGUGAAGGACACCUUAGAGGCUUUGCAGCACCUCCACACCUGCAGAGUGGCCCAUCUAGACCUAAAGGUGAACACAAAGCACACAUCGGUACCAAUGCUAAGGACAUAUGUUAUUAAAGUGACAUUACACUUUAGUUUGACAGAUGUUUUCAGACCUCUAAAGUAGUCUGUCAAGAUGAAACCACGUCCCACGACACCCCAAAUUAAUGGAAAUCAGUCAACUUUUGUGGUCUAAAAGAAUCUGACAAACUUUCAGUGAAAUGUCACUUUAACUUGAUCUUGGUCAAACCCAUUAACAAACCCAUUCCUCUCGUGUGUCUUUAGCCUGAGAACCUCCUGGUGGAUCUCCACGUGCCUGUUCCUUCUAUCAAGCUCAUAGAUUUAGGAGAUGCGGUCCAGGUGUCUGGUCACCGUUAUGUCCACCUUCUCCUGGGUAACCCCGAGUUUGCGGCUCCCGAGCUGAUCCAGGGCACAGCAGUGUCCCUGAGCACUGACGUGUGGAGCGCCGGGGUUCUGGCCUACGUCAUGCUGAGCGGCGUCUCGCCCUUCCUGGACGAGAGCCUGGAGGAGACGUGCGUCAACAUCUGCAAGCUGGACUUCUGCUUCCCCGAGGACUACUUCCAGGGAGUGAGCCAGGCAGCCAGGGACUUCAUCAGCUCUACCCUGCAGCAGGACCCCCGGAAGAGGCCCAGUGCCACCAUCUGUCUUCAACACCCCUGGGUGAGUGCCCACAGUGGAGACUACUCCAAGACCCCACUGGACACGGGCCGCCUGGCCUCCUUCAUCGACAGACGGAGACAGCUACACGACGUGCGCCCUGUCACCAACAUCAAGGGACUAUUGACCAGCAGCAUGGGACACACCCUAUGA